ACGAGGCCGACGAUCACUCUGCGGGACCAGAGCCUAUCGCGACGUGAACUCACGACGGCGCAGGAGCUUGUUGUGAGCGGCGGCCCUUCUGUCACAUCUGCCUCCGGUCACUUUCUUCACCCGCUGUUCUGUUGUUGUGUUGUUGCGGAAGAUGCACUGUUCGCGCGAUCCUCGACUCCCCCGACCAGCGACGACGACGACGAACGACGGCGAAAGUAAGGAGCUGCUCCUGUGAAGCCGGUGGUGCUGGCCUUCCUUGCUCGUUGCGACUGGCGGUGCUCUUGCCUCGACGCCGACACACCCUUGCUUGCCCGGGCAUACCUCUGCAACACUACUCCAUCCCGUCUCAGGCGCACGACUCUGCAAGUCACCUUCAAUUCCAACCACGACCGAACCUCAAACCAACAUUCAUUGCCCUCGAAAUCUAGGCCACGCGCAACUGCCUGGGUAGCCCUGCACGUCCUCAGCGCUGCGUUCCACGCCCUUGGGUUCGCGGGUGGAUGUGAAACACGAGACCGACCUUGAAAUCCAGCUUGCUUCACGCUGGCCGAUUGCCGUAUCGGCAGCUUAUCUGGCAGACCAGAGCCAGAACCGGCGUGUCGAGGUCAUCCUGGUUGCGUAGUACUUUAUUCGUGGUCAGUAUGAUCCUGAGAACGACCACACGCCGCCUUGCGCCUGUCCAGAGCCCAUUGAGCUCUGCAUUCCUCACUGUCAACAACAUGCGAACCAAACAUGCUGACGUUCUGGUGACAGACAACCAGGGAUAGUCCACGCUUUCGUCGCUGACAUCCAUCGCCGACGGCUUCCGACAAGCGCUGUGUCCUAUAUGGAGUCACGACUCACGACACACUAACCCGCCAAUCUCGACCAAGGUUUCAGUGGAAAUAUGGAUCCGGACAACGAGAGUGAGGCAAUGUUUGCGCAUCACCCCAUGGAGGGGCACGCGCAAUCCUUUCAUGAUUCAGCUGCUUCCCGCCGACCUUCAGCAUCCACAAUACUGUCGGCUCACACGUCCAGUCCGCGUUCGAAGCGAUCAUCUCGCCCGCCCAAUGUAUCGAUCACGACAACUGCUGGAUUCGUGUCACACAUCACCCCUCCGUCCACGCCAGUCAGCACGACACCGAAUUCCGACAUGUUGUCUGUCAACCAAUCGCUUUUUCACAAUUACUUGCGUGCUCUGCACGUAUUCGAUCCAGCGAUGAACCCCAUGCCGGCUGAAGAUGGAUCAUUAUCAACGGUUCGCAUCAAGCCUGGUGAUCUUAUCCUCGUCCACGUUAUUCAUGCGAACGGCUGGGCCGACGGUACUGUACUCAACACUGGCGAUCGGGGCUGGCUCCCAACGAACUACUGCGAAGCCUACGAUCAUCCGUACGUCAGGAACCUUUUGAAUGCGAUGACCCAGUUUUGGGACCUACUUGGAGCGAGUGAGGACGCCAGCUUGUCGACAUUUGUACGGCAGGAUUAUAUUCGCGGCUUGAUCGCCGGUGUACGCUAUCUGCUCGAACGCGCGGACUGCUUACACAGAGAUGCGAAGACUGUGCAGCACAACGCCGGCGUUCGAAGAAUGCGAAAGGGACUUCUUGCGGAUCUAUCAUCCCUGGUUGGGAUCGCCAAAAGACUGCAGGAAACGAUCGCCGAAGCGUUCGCUGGAGAGGUCAUCCACGUCUUGCUGGAUGACCUGAUCGCAAAGGCGUGCAAAGUAGUCACCAGGGCGGUCGGCUUUACCGAUGUUUGGACUCAAGAGACUGGCCCGAGCGACGCCGACAUUCUCCGGCGAAGUGUUCAACGACGACUGACGCGUGAGAGACUAGAUACUAACGCAUUGGCCAUCGAUACGAAUGCCCCUGGAGGCAGUGGGACAUCGCCUGCUAUCGAUUCCGCAGUGCAUUUGCCAGAACCAGACGAUCAAACUGCGCCGAAUGAGGCAGUACAACGCACCGAAUACCGCGACAGUCGGACGUUCAGGCGAUCAAAGGUGUUCGUGCCUCCUGAAGGCAUGGCCGCGCAUCGAAUAUCUAUGAUAUCCAGCGAGCACACUCGGACGGGAUCCGGAGCACUUGCGUCUGAGCGAUUGACAAAGGUGCAUGAUGUAUGCAUCAGCCACAUUGCAGCGUUCAUUGGUCUUCAUCUCCAUUCACGGCCUUCUGCAGAGCUGGUGGCCACGACCGAGAAGUUGGUCGGGGCUUGUCGAGACAUGCUCGAGAUCGUGGAAGAGGUCUACGCUCACGACCCGCAUCGAGCGAUGCCCAUUCAACAGGUCAAGGCAGAUUUCGAAGCUCGCUUGGAAGAAUUGGCCACAUCGACAAAGGCCGUGUUCAGGUUUUCUGACUCCCCUGAUGAGGACGUCGUCAUGCUACACGAUCAACAUCAGCACCUCAUCGCAGUCGGCACAAGCUUGAUACGCAAUAGUGGCGAUUGUGUUGUCAAGACGCGACAACUCAUUGAGCAGAUAGGCGACUUCGAACUCAAGUCGGCGGGCACCGUGUCGAAGCUGGAGGUCCCACCAAGGUUCGACAGCAUGUCCUCGACGGAUGCUCAACUGAACCGAAGAACCUCGAUGCUCCGUCGGUCCGUUGAUGCAAAGAUGCUUCCUCCGCCACCUCCCCGUCCCAAGGAAACGCACGUGGAGGUGGUCGACGUUCGGCCACCGUCGCCUACCGAUACUAUCGAUACGGCGGCGUUUCCGCUGCCUCCAUCCGUAACUGAACUCAGCAAGCCAGCAUCAGCGAUGCCGCCUCCGCCACGACCGCAAUCUGCCACCACUGAACAGAGCUCCGUGGGCAUUGAAAGCUCUCGGAGUCCGUCUGCGCUACAGUCUGAACCCACCAGUGCUCCUCGCAAAGACAGCAGGGAGAUGUCGAUUGCAGGAUCGACCGAAACCUUUCACAGCAGUGCUCGUGACUCCCGCACUACCAUUGUAUCACAGCCAUCCACGCGUGCCACAACUCCAGAGCACGCGAAAGACUCGCUGAUGGCUGAUGCCGCGAUGAUGGGAAGCUUUGCGAGCAUAUCUAGCAUGCGGUCUCUUGUGACUGAGGAUAGCAUGGACGUUGAAGCGCAACUGCUGCAAAAGACAUACAUUCUUGAACUGACACGAAACAAAGACGGACAAAUCACUGGCGGCAGCCUGCCUGCAUUGGUCGAGCAGAUCACUGCUCACGAUUCGACUCCUGAUCCGCAAUUUGUAACCGCGUUUUUCUUGACCUUCAGGAAAUUUGCGGAGCCGCGCGAGCUCGCGAAAGCGCUCAUCGAUCGAUUUGAAUACGUGGGCGAUGGUAGGACUACAGGUACCCCGGCGCGCUUGCGGAUAUACAACUUCUUCAAAGGAUGGCUGGAGACGUAUUGGAACGCCGAGGUCGAUAAGGAAGCUCUGGGUGAGAUUCGAUUUUUUGCUCUACACAAGUUGAAGCAAGUCCUGCCACAGGCUGGGGAUCGCUUGAUCGAGCUCACGCGAAGAAUCACGGAAGGUUAUGCCAAAGGCACAAUGAAUGGACCACUGGUGUCUGCGGUUGGCAAGUCGAGCAUGUCUUUCACGCAGAACGACAAGGACAUCCCGAUCCCCAAUGUCACCGCGAAGCAACUCAAUGCGCUCCGCUUGGCCAAUGGUGGCGGCGCUCAGUGCAAUAUCUUGGACAUCGAACCGAUCGAGAUCGCCAGACAAGUGACCAUCAUGAUGAUGCAGACUUACUGCGAUAUUCGAGCAGAAGAGCUGAUGAGCAUGGAUUGGGGCAAUCCCAACACCAAAAGGGCGAAGAACAUCCGCAAGAUGUGCCUGCUCAACACAGACCUUGCUAAUCUGGUGGCGGACACCAUUUUGGCGCCAGACGAGGCAAAGAAGAGAGCCAUGGUCAUCAAGCAUUGGGCUAAGAUAGGACAUGCUCUGUUGUUGCUCAACAACUACGACUCGAUCAUGUCCAUCAUGUGCAUGAUCAACUCAUCCGUCGUGCAAAGACUAAGACGCACAUGGGAACUGGUGAACAAGAAGACGAAAGCCAGGUUCGAGGAGCUCGACCAAGCCAUCGAUAUCUCCAAGAACUACACCGCGUUGCGACGCAGGCUCGAGGCACCCACGACAUCCUGUCUGCCCUUCCUCGGCGUCUAUCUCACCGAUCUGACUUUUGUCGUUGCUGGCAACCCAAAGCGACGCGAGAUUCCUGGUAGCGUCACGGAAUCUGGAGAGGUCGUCUCGGUCAUCAACUUUGACCUUUACAUGAAAAUCGCAAAGCUCGUGAGCCACAUGCAAAGAUUCCAGGCGCCAUACAAGCUCCGAACAGUUCCCGAACUGCAGACCUGGCUAGACAUGCAGUUGAAGCGCAUGCGCGAAGGACAUGAUGCCAUGACGACCAAAUUACAUCGCCGGAGCACAAUGGUCGAGCCCAAGGUCGCCGAGAAGCGCCUUGCUCCCGCUCCUCUCCCAGAAAUCAAGGAAGAGCGACCACCAACUUCUGCAAGCUCGUAUAGCGACUUCGGGAAGUGGUACAGCCUCAAGGCCGCCUCAUUUUCAGUACGAACACUUCCAGUGCCCGAGAUGGCAGACCACGGCAAACGAACGAGCGCGCAUUGAUUGCGCUUUUGCUGCUACGAUAUCACGCAAGAACUUUUUGACAUAAUUUUGACUUUUCUACACAUUAUUGGGAUACGGUAUGGGACGGCAAAAUCAACAGGGGCGGAGCGGAGCCGGGGGUUUGGACAAAAAGCUCGCUCUCUUUUGGCAUGUGUUAUGAGAUACCCAUUUUGCGUCUACACUUUGUACUUUUUUGGUCUAUACAAUGGGCUGGUCGGAAAAUUUUAUGAUAAUCAUAUAGAUCCGAGUAUCCAGAGGAAGGGAAGAAGAGAGACACUGUUUUUUCAGAGAUCGAGUUUGCUUCCCGUGUUUUGGGACGAUCGAGUGGUUCUACAGUUUUAUAGGAAAACGAUGAACGAUGUUUACACCAAUACUACC